AUGUCCUACUACCAGUGCCCGGCACUCGCCGUGGCGAAGAGCAUCCCGCAGGCGCCAAGUGACGCCAAGCGCGCCGAGCGGGCGAACGGCCUGCGCCACAUGCUGCCCUCUGACACCUCCAUCGACGAGCUUGAUAUGCCGACCAUUCUCGAGUGCUUGACCGUGGGCCUCGAAGCUUGCACGGGCAGCGAUGCUCGGGCCUGCGUUGCGCAGGCCAUCCUGGCCGUGGUGACGGGCGCUGGUGACGUCGGGCGCCGCCGCGACCUUGCGCACGCCGCCGGAGUAAUCGUGGCCUUGAAGAAGACACUUCUGAACGUCUAUGCGUCGCAGCAGCGCGAGCCGGUGCAGCACCUGGCUGCUGCGCUCGAGGCGGUGCUGGGCGACGGCGGCGCGGCGCGCGAGCGGCGGGACUUCGCGGCGCGGCCUGAGGCGAGCGGCGGGGCUGGCGUCCUGUGCUGCCUCGUUAUGGCGCUUCAAGAUCCGUCCAGGCGGGGCCCCGAGGCGAUCGCGGCGCUGUCCCGGGUCGCCGACUGCAUCCUGCGCGACGGUGUUGACGUCGACACGAGCUGCCUCGAGGCCACGGCGUGUGCCGUUGCGGAGUUGCUCUUGGGCGACGACUCGGACUCGCUGCGGUGCGCGGUAUCGAAGGCGGGCAUGUCGCGGGUGCUUGCGUUGGCGCUCGUGCACGCCCGGUCGGUGCCCGCGCGUGCGUCGCUGGGCCGCACCAUCGCGCUCAUGCUCGGGCCAGGUGGGACGGUUGAGGCCCGGAGGGAGGCUGCGCGCACGGGGGGCAUCGCUGCGGCGCUUGCGCAGGCGCUGUCGAGCGCUCACGACAAUGUGGAGGUCGUUGCGCUGGCACACGCCGUCACAGCUUUCUGCUCUGGUGAGGACGGCAGCAAGCGCCGCGACGCCGUCGCGGACGGUGGCGCGAUGAAGGCGCUUGCGGAUGCGCUGGCCGCAGCCAACCGCGACGCGGAGCUCGUCGAGGUGCGCAAGGCGAUCGUGCAGGCCGUUGCGGCGGUGAUGCAGGAGCCCGGCGAGUUCCGGAGGAGGAAGGCCUACGCGGCGGAAGUGCUGUUGCCCAUCAAGGACGCCCUGCUACUCGACGCGCCGAUGGAUGGGGCGCCCUCGAGCUUCAUGUUGACGAGCUUCGGGGGCAUCAGCGCUGGUGACGACGGCGACGCCAACGAGACCAACAACAGUGUCGACAACGUGCGUGGCUCGGACGACGCGCACGUGGUGCGUGCAGCGACCAGCGAACGCGUGGCCGGCAACACGGACAACUUCGCGGCGCUGAUCCAGGCCGCCGGAGACGUGGUCCUAGCUUACACGAACCGCACCACAUGGGAUGAGGGCUGCAGCCAGCUGUGGGAGGAACUGGCCCGCGUGCUGGCGCGUGCACUGCCGUGCGCCGUGGGCACGGUGCAGCGGGAGCUGCUGAGCGUCAUCAAGGGGCUCGUGGACGACGGUGUGGGCGCGGAGCGGCGCAGGCAGCUGGUGGCCCACGAGUACAUGAUGGAGGCGCUGGCUGCUUCGAUCGAGGACGCCGCCCGCGGCCCGCCUGGGGCGAUGGACGUGCCGCUCACCGCGCUGCAGCUGAUCGUGACCGGCGACGACGACGCGGCGGGUGCGCGGCGGGACCUGGCAGCAAGGCACGUCAUCGGGUCUUUCGCAGUUGCCUUGCGCGCGGCGACUGGGGUCGAUGUGGACGCUCGCGACGCGGCACUCUGUCUCGUCGCAGGGACUGCGGGCGCUCUGCUCGGCGACGGCGGCGACGUCGAACUGCGCAAGCACGCCUUCAUGGACUACGCAGCCAGCGCGCUGUGCGAGGCGGUGCGCGAGGCGUGCGGCGAGGAGACGCGCACCGUGCUGGUCAACCUUGCAGCGACGGCGCUGGUGAGCGACGACGGCGAGGAGAACGCCAGGGACCGCAUGGCUGCGGCGCAUCAGGCAGGCCUGACGCGUACCCUGAUUGACUGCCUGCGCGAUUCCGCGAACACGGACGGCCUGCGGGAGGCACUCGCGACGGCCCUGACUGCGCUCCUCGCUGGGUCGGGCGAGCGCAAGGACGCGGCAACGGCCGACGGCCUGACGGAGACUCUGCUGGCCGCCAUGAGUGCUAGCCAGGGCGACGACACGCGCGUGGCGCUCGGCGUGGCGCUGUGCUCGGUGCUGGUCGGCAGCGGGCGGGGCGACCGUGGCCUGGAGAGCCGCCGCGUCCGUGCUGUCGGGGCUGCGGGUGCGCACGUGGAGAUGCUCACGACGGCUCUGCAGGGGGCGUCAGGCGAUCCGCUGCAGCUCGUCGCGGCCGAGGCGUUGGCGCGGCUGGCCGGCGGCGACGACCACAGCGCGCUGGGCAACUGCGAGGCGGUGUUCCAGGCACUCGCGGAGGCGCUUCGCGCCGCCCGGGGGCAGCUGAGCGACGACACCGAGCGGGCUGGUUCGAAGCUUGAGGUGCUCGCGUGGGCGAGCUGCAACCUCAUGCGCGGGGCGCACGCAGACAGCCGCAAGGAGGCCGCUCUGACCACCGGGCUGCCCCGGGUGCUGAUGUCGACCCUCAAAGCUUCGCUGAACAUCGACGGCAGUGACCUUUCCGCUGCGCAGAACGCGCUGGGCUUCGCGCUUGGGUGCUUCCUCGUCGGCGGUAGCAAGGAGUCCAGCCUGACGCGCGAGGCGCACAUCAAGGUCGACCCCCGGGACUCGUCCGUGAGCAGGGAUUACGUUGACGUGGUCAACGCUGCGGCGCGCAAUCUCGACGGCCUGCGGUUUGCGCGCAACGCGCUCACGAAGGGGCUGCAGGAGCGGGUGGCGAUGAAGACGAACAAGGCGGCCAAGGCAUGGGCGAGCCGCCAGCAGCAGCGCAAUGCGUCCGGAGCUUGGUGGGGCAAGAAUGUGGUCAACUCCGCAGGCAAGCAUGUCCGCGUGGCGACGGUGGGGUUCGCGUGCGCCGUCGCUGCCGGGUUCGUUCAGGCGGUGUGUGGUGGGAACCGCUCGCCGCCGAAGCAGCCAGUCCCCGUGCAGCCUGAGGAGCCGGAGGAGCCUGUGGAGCCGGAGCCUAUCAAGCCUGGGGAGCCUAUCCAGCAUGCCAGGUCGCGCUUGUGGCCGCUAUGA